AUGUACCUGGCCCGGACUAUGCCGCCGCGUCCGGAGGUGGUGGAGGCCUUCAGGGAUUGGGAUAGCUGUCUGGAGGAUUGCUUUGAGCAGCUUUUCCCACCUGGCACUUGGGAGCAUGACCCCGACCGGUCUAGGCGCGCGCGCAUGCAGCUGCAUCUCCCUGUGCGACUCGGAGGGUUUGGGAUCCGGGCAGCAGCCUCUUUGAGUCCGCUGUCCUAUGUUUAUCUCACAUUCACUGCGGCGGAGUGGGGCAUUGCUGCUGCUAUACGGCUCGGGCUCCCAAUUCAGCAGCUACAGGUGGCGGGGAGGUGUGUUUGUGGCACAGCAUAUGUUGACCCAGCAGACCCGCAUCAUGCCCUGAGAUGCAAGCACCAGCAUGGUCCAUCUCGGGUACAUGAUGAGGUGAAGUUUGCGGUGGCGAAGAUCUCUAAGGCAUCUGGGGGGGUGGUGACAAUGGAGGAUAGUGUGGUGCUGCAGGGGAAGCGGGUUGAUGUCGCGGUGCGACGACCAAUGGCUGGAGAGGCUCACGCCCUAGACAUCAGCGUCGCGGACCCGCUAUCGCUGUUUCCAUCUUUGCUAGGUCAGUGCGGGCGUCAAAUAGGCGUGGCGGCAAGAGAAUGGGAGCGUCGUAAAACGAGCGAUUACGCGCCUCUGCUUGCACGCAACCGGGGCGUGCAGUUUACUCCUCUGAUAGUGGAGACGUGGGGGUGUCUCGGCGGUCGCUUUCGGAGGUGGCUUCGUCAGCAGGGAGAUGCGCACGUGGGGCUAGCUGUGUCGCGGGGGGCUUGUCGGGAGGACGACACUGUGUUUUCGGCUUAUCUUCUAGGGUCACUGAAGGCGCUCAUCGGGGUGGCGUUGCAACGUGCGCAAGCCCGUGUCAUCCUGCUUCGAGCGGCGUCUUCUAUGGGGGGGAUUAACGUUGACUUGGUGGACCGGGAGUGGGACGAUGGCGAUGCGGAAGGCGGGGCUCUCUGGGUGGAGGCCCCGUACAUGGUGGAUUCGCUGUUGUGA